GAACAAAUGGGGUUUGGUCUUUCCUACAUUGGACUGGGCAGACUGGAUUCAGAAAGUACAGAGGCUUGACGCUGAGGCAUAGACCACAUUUGCUACUGGAAUAAGGCAACUGCAAUGGAAAAAAUAUGUUCUAGUCCCAGGAACAACUGACGAUACAAAGGACAAUGCACAGUGUAUAUCCGGAUGACAUUUUGUGUGCUGUAACAUGGGUUUUGCCAUGGCAUCUGAGACUGAAAAGGCCCAUGCUCUUCUCCAGACUUUCAGCACAGCUUCAGUUAUUUCUAGCCUAGGUUUGGGAAUAUUCUGCUUUGUAGCAGACAGACUUCUGCAGUUUUCCUUCAUUCAGCAAAAUGACUGGCUCCGAGCCUUGUCUGAUAACGCAGUGCACGGUAUACUAGGAAUGUGGUCCUGGGCAAUAGUGAUUGGACUCAGGAAGAAAAGUGACUUCACUGAGGUCACUCUGGCUGGCUUCCUCGCCUCUGUCAUUGAUGUGGACCACUUCUUUCUUGCUGGCUCCCUGUCAUUAAAGGCUGCUCUGACUCUUCCACAGAGACCACUUCUUCAUUGUUCUACUGUGAUUCCUGUUGUGGCUCUGACAUUAAAGUUUAUUAUGCACCUUUUCAGGCUUAAGGAUUCAUGGUGCUUUCUUCCCUGGAUGUUGUUCAUAUCCUGGACUUCUCAUCACGUCCGUGACGGGAUUCGUCAUGGUCUCUGGAUCUGCCCAUUUGGAAAAACUCCUCCUUUGCCAUAUUGGCUGUAUGUGGCGAUUACAGCAUCAUUACCUCAUCUAUGUUCAUUUAUUAUGUAUUUAACAGGCACUAGAGAAUUAAUGUCUAUAAAACAUGGAAUCCGCAUUGAUGUGUAAGAAUGAUGGCUCUUAAAGGUUGUUUGUAUUAGCACUUGAAAUAAGCUGUCUGUUUAUCACUGAAGUGGUUUCCUUAUGUUUCCUAUGACUUCUGAGUUAGGCAUUUUAAGCCAGUGGAGCCAGUUAAAGCUCCUGUGUCAAUUCCUUGUGGUCACAGAAACCUAUUUAAUGAAUGGUAAUAAUUUUAUAUCUAUACAGUCCCCUUAUAAAAUAUGUGGUCUUCCAUUAUAGUUCAUGCAUAGCUAGCUGAUUUAUAAAGUACUUAGUCUCUCUCUGUAGUAAUUACAUUACAUUUUACUGUCAUGGUGCCAUUCAUCUGAUCACCAUUCACUUUAGAUUUGUAUUCUGUAUUUAGAUACCACUUUUCAUCUAAAUAGCAUUUGUAUAGUACUUUAUAAAUGUAAAGUACUAUAUAAUUGCUAAAUAUUAGUGAGAAUUUAGUUGUGUAUGGCACUUCUAAAAAAUAUCAGUUAUCCUUUUGAAUUUAUUUGUUUUCCUGCUGGACUCUUCUAUUCAACUGUUUUAAAAGAAAUGCUGUUUGUGUUUCACAACGUGCAACUGUAUACCUGCACCUCUUCGAACACUGCUAUCAUACAGUGUUUCUACUAAAUUCUAUUCCUCUGUAGUUGCUUGGUACUCAAUUUACAGAUAAUUACUAGCUAUUAUUUGUGAUAGGAGAAGGCAGUUCGGUUACAGUAUUAUGUGUGUUGGCCAAAUUGUUUAAUUUUAAAAGUAUAGUAAUUAUGAAUAUUAUUUAAUUUGGAACUAAGGAAUUUUAGUAAAUAUUUAAGGAUUGUGCAAAGGCAAACUUAUUUAUUACAGUAAAACAUAAGCUUUACAGAAGAUUCAGGAAGAUACAGGAAAAUAAAAAUUGCUCAAAAUGUGAGUUUGCUUAAAGAUCUUACUAUUUUACUCAUAAACAGCAUUUUCCAUUAAAUGCAAUAUUAUCCUUAUUAUUGUAAAAUAAAAUGCAUUAUUUGGAAAUAGAAAUUUCCUCAUAAAUAAAUUCCUUAAGGAAAAAUGUUAUGUUGCAGGUUCAUAACAUAGUCAUUUGCACUGUGGACUGUUCAAAGUAACAGUUUUCAUUUACAGAAAUUUCUCAGAAAAAGUCCCAAAGUAAAAAUUAAGAUCUUGUCUAGUUUACAGUGUACACGCUGAGAAAUGUCUAUUAAUGUUAAUUUUUUAUUCAUUGAACUCCAUUGCCCAUUAAGGAGAUGGGGCCUUAAUUACUGCAGUUUGUGAUGAAUAGCUGCCAAAAGGGAUUAUUUUUAUGGAAGAAUAUAUAUAGGGUAGCAUGUGCUGAACUUAAGUUUUCAAAGGGUGCAAAGAUUAGGUGAUAUGUUCAUACUACAUUUACACUAGUAAAUGUAUAUUAAUUUAAAGUACAAAAAAAUUACAGAAAAUAUUAACUGGGACAGCUGGCUUAAUGGGUACCAGAGACCUUCUAUGGCUGCAAAGUGCUAAAGGCUCUCUGCAGCAUACUAAGCUAAUUACAGGAAGUGUUUCACCCUUUUAAAAUGUGCCUUCCCACAAAAAGAAUAGUCUCUGUCCGAUUUGUUCUUCAUGUUGGAAAUGUAUGCUUAUGGAAACUUGUCUGACAGUACAGGGGGCCUGUUUAGCCUUUAUUAUAAACUGAAUAAAAGUUUUUUUCUUGGAAAGAAGAUUGGAAAAGCAGAACAUUCCUUAAAGGAUUAUCCUCAUACUGUGGAUUUUUGUCUUUUAUAGUAUGUAAAAGUUUCCCAGAAACAACAUCAGAAAAGUCUUGCUUUAGAGCCCUCAGAGCAGGAACUGUCUUUUAUCCAAAGGCAUGAUAGUUUAGUAGAGGAGGGGCGUUGCUCGUUCAUUUACUUCUAACCUGUAGUUUAAACUAUAGGCUAUGAAAUGCCAAUAAUGAAUAUAUUUUGUGCAAGAAGUGAACACUUAAAUCUGUGUGGAAAAUUUUCUGUAUUCUUGUUUCAUGGUAUAAUAUUUGUAUCAUUUUGUGCUUUAUCCAGAUUUGUUGCAAAGGGAAAUGCAUAUAGGAACAAAGCGGAGAAUUACACUUUCUCAUUUUUAGAUUGUAGCUGUAGCUUUUUUUGGUAACUAUAUGUCCACCAACAGUCCUUAAGAUUGGUACUGUACUUUUCUAGCUAUGUCUAAGGAUCAGUUAAUGGGUACAUCUUCAGUAGUUUAAAAACAUUUAUUUUCAUUCUCUGUAUUUCUAGUGAUUUUUGUGGGGUUUUUUACAAUAAUUUUUAGCUGUAUUUCAAAAUACUAUUUUUCUGCUCAUGUUCUUAUACCAGUGCUACCACACCAAUAGGUGAACACCACUGAGAAAUCUAGCAAGCACUUGUGACACAUGACUGCUUUCUCUCUCCCUCCAAACAGACAUGGCAGUCUCACACCUCUUCCUGACAUUUAGGCAACUUUAGCUCAAGCCAUUGACAACUUUUCAAGGUAAACUGACACGUUGCAUGUAAUGCUGUAAUUUGUGGGUAGCUGGAUUAGAGAACAAAGGAGAAGUUAAAUAUUUGUUUCAGCCCAUGUUACCUUGGAGAUACACCUGCCUAUUACGAAUGAAUUGCCUAACAAUUCCUUACCAGUAUUUCAUGUAGAUUUGGAAUUCAUUGAUAUUUCCAACUAUGCAUUGAUACCUGCUACAUGUAGCAAAACCAUGGCAAAAAUAAACAAAGAUAGUAAAAAUAUCAUGAAUUUGUGCUUUACUGCAUGCAUUACAAUGAAGAGUAAAUGUGAAGUACAAAAAGCAUGUGAAUUACACAAAAAAUUGUUAAUAAACUCAAGGUAAUAAUUUUGUGCAGUGUAUGGUAAUAUCACUAAAAUAUUAGUUAUUUCAAAUGUUUCAUUUACUAUGCUAAACUUUUUCCCUGUAUUUUCAAGUUGUAGUUACAAAGUUGAAGAAAGUGUGGGGGGUUUCUGACUGACUUUUUUGCUAGAACUGUGCUGCUUUUUCCCCUGCUUUAAUGGAUUGCUGUCAUAAAAAGUAGGUACUAAUAAUUGCCAAGUUAAAAGAAAAAUGUUGGGCUGUUUCUCCUCCCCAGUUCUCUAGUAAUAAGAUAAAAUUUCUCCUAAUUCCCUAGUGGCCUUAACAGAAAGAGUGAACACAUUUCCUGUCGGUUUAUAUUCUAGUUUAAAAGGUAAUCUGUAUUUUCACGACUACUGGUACCGCUUUUUUCUACAGUGAAGUAUAUCAUAUCAUGUGCCUUUAAUUGGUUAUUGAUAAGUGAAUUAUUCAUAAUUGAUGCCAUGCUCCAAAGAAAAUGCUGAUGAGUUUGAAUUAAACUGAAAUAAUUUUAACAGCCAGGCCAUUGGUAUUAGCUUAUUAUCAGAAGAACAUUUCCCUUGCUAAUGGAAAUAAAGUUGCAGAAAGAGAGAGAGAGGGAAGGGGUUAAAACUCAGCCUAAAGGAAAUGUUAGUACAUAGUUAAUUUUGAACACAUAUAUUUUUAUUCCAUCAGCUGUUGUCAGUAUGAAGCUAAAUGAUGAAAUGCACCAGAAGAGUACAUUUCUGUUUAAGUAAUUGAGCCACUCUAAAUUUUGUCAAUUGUGCAAAUUUAUUCAGGGCAGAAGAAGUUUUGUAUUGCAAGUGUUACACAUCAUGGGCUUUGAUCAGCUGGUAAUUUUGAGUCCACAAACUAGGUUUUGUUUCCCUGCUACAGGCAGACUUUGCAUUGAAACGAAUAGCUGUCAGGUUAAAGUACCCUUUGCAUCCAUUACAGAAAAAACAGUACUAACACUUUUCCUCAAAAUAAUAAAUUGACGCCUUCAGUUCUUUCUUAAAAUUCCCAAAAUUUUACGCCCUCUACAUUGAAUUACAAAUUUGAAUGCUGUUUUGUAGAACUGUUUUCUGUUACUUAUAACAUAAACCCACUAUUAAAGAUAAAUAGUACUUGUAUUUAUAUAUAUGUGUGUAUCACGCACUGAUGUUUCCUUCUAUGUUCAUAUAAUCAUUUUCCAUUUGCUUAACCUAAUUUUUUAUUGAAUUUUCCUGGGAUAAGGAGGAGUGUUCAUCUCAAUGACUAGGAAACCCAGGUGUGCUACUACUUAGCAAAAACAUUUUAAUGCAGUGUUAAGGAAAUCUUUGGAAUAUUGAAAAUUAGAAAACAAAUGAUACUGUAUUCCUUUUGGUGGAAAUUAUAAGUAGAUUUCUAGGCAGUUUGUAAAAACAGAUUUGUUUAAUGAAAACUAAUUGAAAACAUUUGUAUUAGUAAAUAUGUGUGAACAA